AUGAAGUUGACGUGGCAAUUGGACUUACCACGCGGCAGCAACAUCACACAAUUAAUUAAUUAUGAGUUAGUUAAUUUGUUAAGUGGUUUGUUAGAGUCAGUUCGACUAAAGAAGCCCCUCAUGCCUUCCAGUAUGUUGCAAGUAGCUGAAGGCCUUGCUUUGCCAGGGGCCAAACAUCUUCCAACCACCUACACCGCUCCCAUUUCCACUCCAACCAUCCCUGAGGUUGAGCUAUCUCAUGGCUCCAUCCCCAUAAUUGACCUCGAAGCCCUUCAUGGUCCUCGCCGGUCCAAUAUCGUCAAACAACUUGGCCAUGCUUGCCAACACCAAGGUUUCUUUGCGGUGAAGAACCAUGGAAUUCCAAAGAGAACGGUGAACGGCAUAUUUGACACAACAAGAGAGUUCUUCCAUCUUCCGGUGGAAGAAAGAAUGAAAUUCCACACUCCGGACCCUAACAGUGAAAUCAGGCUAAUGACUGCUUAUAAAGAUGAGGUUGAAAAUCUCUUCAUAGCAAGGGAAUCUUUGAAAUUCCAUUGCCAUCCUGUUGAAAAUUACGUGAACAAAUGGCCAACAAAUCCUACUUCCUUCAGGAAGAAGGCUGCUGAGUAUUUGACCAAUGUUAGAAGGGUGGAGUUAACACUACUUGAUGCAAUAUCAGAGAGCUUAGGCCUGGAAAGAGAUUAUAUAGAGAAGAGAUUGGGUGGACAUUAUGUAUCUUUGAACUACUAUCGAGCUUGUGAACAAUCAGAUCUAGUGACUACUUUAGGAGUGCGUGGCCAUACUGAUCCAACUGUAAUAACUAUUCUAUUGCAAGAUGAUGUGCCUGGACUUCAGGUUCUAAGUGAGGGCAAGUGGAUGGAUGUUAAUCCUAUUCCAGACACAGUGGUUGUCCAUGUUGGAGAUCUGCUGCAGGCAAUCAGCAACUACCGAUACAAGAGUUUGCUCCAUCAAGCUGUUGUGAACAGUGACAAGGAGCGUAUGUCCAUUGCCUCUUAUUGCUAUCCAUCAUCUGAUGCUAUGAUAGGACCUCCUAAGGAGUUGAUAGACAACAAUAAUCCUGCAGUCUAUAAAGAUUUCACUUAUGGAGAAUUCUAUAAACAGAUGUGGAAAGUAAUAACUCCAACUGAUAAGCGCUUGGACUCGUUCAAGAUUUCUGCUCCCUGA